AUGUCAGAUUCACAGUCCAAUACUGAGAUUUUCAGCGUUCGGAUUGUCUCCAUCGACUAUUACAUGGCACCACCAUUCCCUGACACCGAUAUCUGUUAUAGUAGCUUCCACGGUGGAAAGGUGAACGAGGUACCUGUGAUAAGAGUGUAUGGUUCUACUCCUGCUGGCCAGAAAACUUGCGUGCACAUGCAUCGAGCCCUACCCUAUUUGUAUGUGCCGUGUUCAGAUAUACCACUUCAACUGGACCAAGGUGAUGCAUUCACCUAUAAGGUAGCUGCUUCUCUUGAGAAAGCCUUAAAGGCUGGUGCUGUUUUUGAUAAAAGUUUACAGCCAUAUGAAUCACAUAUUCCAUUUAUUCUUCAGUUUCUGGUUGAUUACAACUUGUAUGGCAUGGGUCAUUUGCACCUAUCAAAGAUGAAGUUCCGCCACCCGAUACCCGAUACUUGCAAGACAUUAAAUAUUGAUAGUCAGCAUAGAAAGGCAGAUCCACCUGCUCAUGCAUGUUUAGAGUCAAAGUUGUGGAUCUCUUCCAUGAUUCCAUCUGAGUGGAUGUGGUUACCCCCUAGCAAAUCCAGUGCUUCAUUUAAUGAUGAGGUUCACUGUCCUAAACGCCAAAGCAUCUGUGAGCUUGAAGGAGAUACUUCUGUGGAUGAGAUUCUUAAUCAGCAGUUUAAAAUGUAUUCAUCUCUUUCACAAACAUGCUCAGACGUCAACAUGGUUCAGUCACUUGUACCAAUAUGGGAGGAGCAACAGAAACGAACUGGGAUUCAUGAGGCUACCAUGCUUUCCGAACCUGGCAAACCACUUCCAGAAGAUGUUAUGAAACUUUUCUCCGUUGGUCUUGACUUUGAGAAAAAAAUUAUUGAAUUAUGCAGUGAAGCUGAAACCUCUUUAUUUUGUACUCCUUCUGGGCAGGAAAGGAGAGAAACAGACAUAAUAGGUUCGGCAUCACCACCGGCUACAUUAUGCAAAAAUGCCAAAUUGCAUGAGGAAGGGGGGACUGACGCAAAUCUUGAAAUGUUGACUAUGGAUGAAAUCCAGUCAUCUGAAAUGAUUGGAAGAAUGGACAUAAAGGCAGGUGCCAAUAAUGAAGCACAAAAUCUUCUUAAGUGGCUUGCAACUUCUCAAGCCGCAGAGGAUAUAAACUCUGAUGAUGAACUUGCUUAUGAAACAAUCUUGACUCCCUUGUUGCCCGCUGCAACAAUUGACAAGGUUCUGGAGGAAGCUAAUAUGGCUUAUGAGAGUGAGUCCCAAAAGGAGUGUCAGGAUAUUCUAGAUUCAACUGAUGGUGUGCUUGAGUUGGAGUUACCAAAAGAAAAGCUUUCUUAUUCCUUUGUUCACAAUUGUCCUUUUAGAACUUCAUCAAACAGUAAAUUACCCCAAGUUGAUGGUUCUAAUGAUGAUGAGUUCUCUAGUCCAUGCGGUAGUUUGGCUGGAACAUCUUCUCUGGCAGAGACAAACAGUGAAUUCAAAAGCGCCUCUGAGUACCAUGUUGUGCACAGUACUACCACAUGUAAAGUUAGUAAAGAAGAAAGGAAUAAAAAAUGGGGGUCUUUGCCUUUUCCCAUGAUUGAUAAGGUUAAUAAUGAUGGUGAGGGUGCUACUUUACCUGUGACUCAUCCAGAUGACAAUGAGAUUGGAGAUUCUACUCACUCAGAUCACCUAAACAGAAAUGAGGUUAGAAUUAGUGCUUGUACACGGAACAAGGACAAAGAUGUUUCAGAUUCAAAAGAAGUAGAUAGAUCGAUUAACCGUUCUCUGCGGGACUUGAUGAGGCGAAAGCGAUCCUAUCGAGUUGAACAAGCUGAAUUUGAGUCUGGAAUUACUAAAAAGCUUCUUUUAGACAGGCACGAGGAACCAAAUACAUGCUUUUGGCAAAACCAACUGGAUUUAAAUACAAUGCAAACUGAUGAAGAGGAAAUGGAAAACCAAAAGAUUUGUGAAUAUGAAGUUAGCAAUCAUGCUAAUUUUGUGCAUGAGAAACUGCCCCUUUCAACUGGAAGUGACAGUCCUUUACAAUCUAGUAGGCCAAAAGAUGAAUGUUUUGGUCAACAUGAAAUGGUAGGUAUAGAGGCAAGUUCAGUGGUGAGGAACUGUAUAAAUGGAGGUUCUACUUUAAUGCAUGAUGGGCCAGGUCUCCAUAAGCCUGAAAAACUAUAUUUAUUUGAUUCCAUAGAUCAGUCCGGGGCUUGCAGGGGUGAAAACCUUAAGGUUGGUAUGGCUUUGACAAAAGAUGUAGCCUCCAAUUCCUAUAUCCAAAAUCCCAUUUUAGACACUCGGUUUAAAACAGCUGCUGUUCAUGCCGUCAGAGCUCCUGAGAGGAGUCCACAAACUGAUUCUUCUGCUUCAACUAGUGUGCAGAGCUCGUUCAAUGAUUUUAAAGUGUUUGGCAAAUAUAAUUGUGUGGAUCAAAGUUCUCACCAAAGCUUAUCAGUUGUACAAAAUGAUCAGAUGACAUCUUGUGAGAAUUCUGGGAAGAAAAGUGCUACAAGUGAUGUGCAAAUAUUGUUUAGUGAAAAAGUGGAUGAUCAAAAGCUGGGUGAAAAUUUGUUACAUGAGAUUAUUGGCUCCGAACCCACUGACCUAAAGGGUAAUCACAUGAAAUUAACUGAAAUAACCACAAGUAAAAACCCCCCAGCUGAUAAGAAUCUUAAAAGUACUUUGUGCUUGCCAACAACCUCUGAUACCCAUUUACAUUUGGAUGAGGACAGCUCUGAUGAAAUACCAGGGGAUGAUCUAGAUGUCUUUCUUCCGAUUUCUGCAAGGGAUUCCAAGAAAGGGAUGGAAACUUGCAAUGAGUAUACAGUUAAAACUCUUACACCUAGGGGGACAAUGGGUGCCACCACUCUCUAUCAAAAUGACGGCUCUCACCUCUAUCUAUUAACACCUAAUAUUUUGCCUCCUUCUGUGGAUACUGUGCACAAAUGGCUACCUUGUAAUGAGAGAGGGCAUAUUCCUGAUCAUAUACAUAAAGAAACAGAUGCAGAGAACAAGGAUGUACCUAAAUGUGCUUCUGAGACUGAUCCUCCUCUUGGGCGUAAGCUGUAUCAAGACGCUGAUAGAGAAAAGAUGCCUUCAUGCAUUGAAGGACAAACUGAAAGAGUGAAAACACACCUAGAUGACUCACAAGAUAUUUCUCAGAUAUCAGGCCCUGAUGGAAAAUCAAUCUAUACCCCUCUAAGUCAAAUUGGAUUUCAAGACCCUGCAAGUGUUGGCCGUGGACAACAACUGACAUUACUUAGUAUAGAGGUUCUUGCAGAAUCUAGAGGAGACCUCUUACCUGAUCCUCAAUUUGAUGGCAUCAACAUUAUAGCUCUUGGUUUUCAGAAUGAUAGUGAUUCUAUUGUUGAAGUUCUAGUUCUUUUACACAGUAAAUUUGUGUCUUGUCAGAGAAGUUUUGAUGGUGUAUCUGGCUUUAAAAUAUUGGUCUUCAGUGAUGAGAAGCUAUUGUUAAAAGAAUUUAUAAAGAUUGUGUCUUCAUCUGACCCAGAUAUUUUGAUGGGUUGGGAUAUUCAAGGGAGUUCUCUUGGUUUUCUAGCAGAAAGAGCAUCACAUAUUGGUUUAGGAUUACUUAAUAAUCUGUCACGCACUCCAUCUGAGUCUUUGAUUGCUUCUGAAGAUACGAAAACUUCUGAAAAAGAUACCUUGGAGCUGGACAUUCAUGAUACCCCUAGUCUAGAUUGUUGUGUGCCAGAAAAUUCAAUAAUUGAGGAUGAAUGGGGACGGACACAUGCUAGUGGAGUUCAUGUAGGAGGCAGAAUUGUCCUUAAUGUAUGGCGAUUGAUACGAGGAGAAGUUAAGCUGAACUUAUAUUCAGUUGAAGCUGUAGCUGAAUCUGUAUUGAGGCGGAAAAUUCCUUCAUUUCACCACAAAGUGCUGACAAAAUGGUUUUCAAGUGGUCCUGGACGAGCAAGAUAUCAGUGUAUCAAAUAUGUUAUAGAGAGAGCAAAGCUGAACCUUGAGAUUUUAAACCAACUUGAUUUGGUGAAUCGAACAUCAGAACUUGCUCGUGUGUUUGGCAUAGAGUUCUUCUCUGUUCUGUCUCGAGGAUCACAAUACCGUGUUGAAUCCAUGUUUCUGAGGUUGGCCCAUACACAAAACUAUCUUGCUAUCUCACCUGGAAAUCAACAGGUUGCUUCUCAACCUGCCAUGGAGUGCCUUCCUCUAGUAAUGGAACCGGAAUCUGGAUUUUAUUCAGAUCCUGUUGUUGUGCUUGACUUUCAGUCUUUAUAUCCAUCCAUGAUAAUUGCAUACAAUCUUUGCUUUUGCACUUGUCUCGGUAAAGUUGUGGGAUCAAAGGCCAAUACACUUGGCGUUAGUCCAUUCUCACCAGAGCAACAUGUUCUGCAGGAGUUAAAGGAUCAAAUUUUGCUCACUCCAAAUGGUGUUAUGUUUAUACCUUCCAAGGUUAGAAAAGGUAUACUGCCCCGCUUAUUGGAAGAAAUCUUGACAACUAGAAUUAUGGUAAAACAAGCAAUUAAGAAAUUGGCUCCUUCAGAGAAAGUUCUUCAGCGGAUAUUUAAUGCGAGACAGCUUGCUUUAAAGCUCAUAGCAAACGUAACAUAUGGUUACACGGCUGCUGGAUUUAGUGGUCGCAUGCCCUGUGCAGAACUUGCAGACAGUAUUGUUCAGUGUGGCCGUAGUACAUUGGAAAAGGCUAUAUCAUUUGUAAAUCUACAUGAAAAGUGGAAUGCUAAAGUUAUUUAUGGAGAUACUGAUAGUAUGUUUGUCCUCCUUAGUGGACGCACUGUCAAAGAGUCUUUCCAAAUUGGGAGUGAGAUUGCAUCUGCUAUCACUGCUAUGAAUCCUAACCCUGUCACCCUGAAGAUGGAGAAAGUUUAUCACCCAUGUUUUCUCCUUACUAAGAAACGAUAUGUUGGCUACAGUUAUGAAAGUCCUCAUCAAUUUGAACCUGUAUUUGAUGCUAAAGGUAUUGAGACAGUACGCAGGGACACAUGUGGUGCGGUUGCAAAGAUAAUGGAGCAGUCUUUGAGACUCUAUUUUGAACAACAGGAUUUAUUAGAGGUAAAGACUUAUUUGCAACGUCAAUGGAAGAGGAUUCUUUCAGGCAAAUUUUGCCUUAAAGAUUUUAUCUUUGCAAAGGAGGUUCGCAUGGGUACCUACAGUACGAGAAUGUCAUCACUUCCUCCUGCUGCAAUUGUGGCCACUAAGGCGAUGAGGGUUGACCCUAGGGCAGAACCCCGAUAUGCUGAGAGAAUACCUUAUGUUGUAAUCCAUGGAGAGCCUGGAGCCCGCUUGGUUGAUAUGGUUGUGGAUCCAUUGGAAGUUUUGGCAAUUGAUUCCCCAUUUAGAAUAAAUGAUUUAUAUUACAUUAAUAAGCAAAUAAUACCAGCUUUACAACGGGUAUUUGGGCUUGUUGCUGCUGACCUGAACCAUUGGUUUUCAGAGAUGCCCCGCCCCACAAGGGAAGCUUCUGCAAAGCAUAACUUAACUUCAAAUUCCCAUCGAACCAGAAUUGAUUAUUACUAUCUUUCAAAACAUUGUGUAUUAUGUGGUAGGUUGGUCCAGGCAUCAGCCCGUUUAUGCAAUCAAUGCUCUGAAAAUGAAGUCGCCGCCGCAACAGCAGUAAUUAGUAAGACUUCGAAGUUAGAGCAAGAGAUGCAACAUCUUGUUGCUAUAUGUCACCAUUGUGGAGGCGGGGAUAGCCUUCGUGAAAGUGGUGUGAAAUGCACGUCCAUGUCAUGCUUGGUGUUCUAUGAGAGGAGGAAUGUUCAGAAAAAACUGCUAGCUGCCACCCAGGUUGCUGCAGAUAAAGAUUUGUAUCCGAGAUGCAGUGUGGAAUGGUUCUGA